AUGGUUAUAAAACAGGACGUAGGGUCCACUCCCCCGGAGUCGUCAGAGGACAAUCAGCAACCAGAAACCAACCAAAACACAUCGCAGAACAUAGAACCAACCUCAAAUGGUGCCAAACUGUACUCGCCAACAUCGGUAGUUUUGGCCAAAGUCAAAGGCUAUCCACCAUGGCCAGCUAUGGUUCUCGAUGAAAGUUUGCUUCCUCAGAACAUAUUGGACAAGCGGCCGAAGAACGUACGCCAGAAAAGUGGCCGGAAGGGAAGAGGAAAGGAUGUUACGGUGUUGCCGGUACGAUUUUUCAGUGACGAUACUUAUAUUUGGAUCAAAGAUAACGAGUUGAAACCCAUGACUCAGCAGAUGAUAGAUGCUCAUUUGAGUUCCGACAAGAAGCGCAAAGACAAGCUUUUGGAAAAGGCUUAUCAAUUGGCCAAAAACCCUCCAGAUAUGAAAGAAUUUGUCACCUGGGGUUCUCGAGGUCCACCCAAAAACCAAAAAUUGGACCCAGAAUACGAGGAAGAGGAUGUAGAAAUGGAGGAGGAUUUGGUGGAUGAAGAGGAGGUUGAGGACGACGAGAUUGAAGAGGAAGAAGAUGAUGAUGAAGAGGAUGAAGAGAUCGUCUAUGGUCGUCGUCGAAAGAAGCAAAAAACCGCCAAGAAGGAGAAAGUUACUAAGAAGGUGAAACAAGACAAGAAUGAGCUUGGGUACGACUCGGAUUGGGGCUUAACGGACGACGAAGCCGACCCUGAAUCGUACAUUUUUGAAGACGAGGAACAACAAAAGUUUGAUAAAAAGUUUCCUAAAGCAGCUGAUAUCACCGAAAGACUACAAGAGGCACAAGAGGAAUUCCAGGGGGUGAGUUUUGAAAUCACUCUGCUUUUGUUGGAGGAAGAAAUUGAUGAGAAAGAGGUGGUUAGGGCCUUGGCAUCGGUGCGAAAAUUGGAUGUGCCAUAUACAUUAUUAGCAAAGAGCAAUUUGUUCAGGGUCCUUGUGCUAACUGCUAGGAAGCCCCAUGACACAUUUCCAUAUACCAAGUUGAAGAAAGAAGUGAAUAAAGUACUCGAGCUGGUAUUCGGAAUGAAGGUUGAAGAGAACACUCCAGAGAUGAUGGAAAAAGAGGAAAAGGAGGCUACGCCCAUGCCAAAGGAGGAAAACGAAAACGAAAACGAAAAGGAGAAAAAAGAAGAAGGGAAAGAGUACCAAAAGGAGGAAAAGGUAGAAGAUAUAAAGGUGAACAACGACUAG